AUGUUUUCCCUUUCUUCUUCGGCAAACCGGGCUGGGCUGAGAAAACUUUCUUCGCCUUUUGUCUCCGUAUUUUCACACGAAUUCUCCAUCCAGUGCCCUCACAUAUUUUUCCCUCGUUAUUCUUUGAUCUUUCAUUUUAGUUUUUCAUACUUUUUUUCGACUAACCCUCUUUCCGUCCUGGAAUUUUUUUUCCGCUGUCGUUGUACGCGAAACCUUCUUCCGGUCCGCCUCUUCCCAUCAAGUUUCAAUGGCCUCUGGGCCCUUCUUUCUCUGCUGUUGGUCAAUUUGUUUUUUCUUUCUUACUUUCUUUCUCUGAUGUUUGUCAGUUUUUUUUUUCCUCCUUUAUUUUUCUCUGCCGUUGGUCAAUUUGUUCUUUCAUUCAUUCUUUCUUUCUUUCUUUUUCUUUCUUUCUUUUUCUUAACUUUUCUUAAUAUUUCUUUUACCUUAUCUCUUGCUUUCUUUCGUGCAUAUUUACUAUUUUUUUCCUUUCGUUAUUUUUCCAUUCUCUUUCUUCUUGUUUUUUUCUUUUUCUUUUUCCUCUUUGCCUUUCUUUCACGAAAUUCGUGUUUUUGUCCACCGUUGAUCCGUUCAUUUUUAGUUAAUUUCUUAUUUAUCGCCUUUUCCUUAUUUCCUCCUUGUUCAGUUUGUCUUUCUUUCUUUCUUUCUUUAUCUAUCUAUCUAUCUAUCUAUCUAUCUAUCUAUCUAUCUAUCUAUCACUUUAUAUGUUCUUUUUGUGUUUGUUAUUUACCGCCUAUUCCUCCUCUGUUAAUUUCGUUUUUCUCUCUCUCUCUCUCUUUCUUUCUUUUUUUCACUUAUUUCUUUUUUCUAUUCUCAGUACCUCCCUAUCUAUCUAUCUAUCUAUCUAUCUAUCUAUCUAUUACGUUUUAUUUUAGGGUUUAUUUGUUUGUUUGUUAUUUAUCGCUUUUUCAUUUUUCGUUCAUUUUCUUUCUUUCUUUCUUUCUUUCUUUCUUUCUUUCUUUCUUUCUUUUUGUCUUUGCUUUCUUUAUUCCCUUUCCUUCUAUUUCUAAUUUCUCUAACUGUUCAUUCCUUUUUAUUUUCCUAGUCACAGUUCGUUCGUUCGUUCGUUCGUUCCUUCCUUCCUUCCUUCCUUCCUUGCCAUUCUUAAUUUCCCCCAGUCGACUCGAUUACAUUUAA